AUUCAAACUUAUUUUCAAUAAGGAAGUAAGUCAAAGCCGUUUCACCAAAACCUACAGGGGUUUCAAUUUGAUUCUAACUAGCGUUUGCGGCAAUACAGUAGAGGAUAGAUUGGUAUUAACAAAGGAAAAACGAACGGAAACACUCCAGAUAUGGCUAAUAAAAAUGCAAAAGAAACAAUUGUCAACAAAUUUGGUCUGAGGCUCGGUGGACCGAAGGCUGAGAUUGAGCUCGACAAGCUCAAAAAGGAAAAUGCUUUCCUGAAAAAGACCUUGGCUGAUAUGUCCAAUAAAAAAUCAAAGGUGCCGGAUUCAGAUGAGAGCAAGCUUUUAGAGAGAAUUAUUUCCCUUGAGACCUUACGUGAGAGAAACUCCCAGCAGCUCUUGGCCAAGGAUCAGGAAAUAGCUACACUGAGGCAGCAGCUUCAAGCAAAAGGCGGUGAGAUCGUAGCCUCUCUUCAGUCCCAGCUUGAGCAGAAGGCCAAAGAGGCGGAGAGGAGAGAGAAAUUGGUGCAGUCUCUCUCCGAGGAGACAAAAAAUGUGAAAAACAAGUUGGCCGCUCUCUCUGCCAGGUGCCAGGAGCUUGAAAGCAGACAUGGUAAAGUUGAAGAUCCAGGUACUCAGGGUUCGCGUGCUGAUGGGCAGGUUGCACCUGCUGAUGUUGCCACCAUCCAGGAACACUUACGUGACGCCCUGGAGAAAAACCAGCAGUGGCUAGGUUACGACCAGCAGAGAGAGGCCUAUGUCAAGUCAGUCCUGGCAAGGACACUUGAGCUGGAGCAGCAGUUAAAUCAAGCCAACCAUGCACUCCAGCAGCAGCACAAAGAGGGCGAUUCAGAAGAUGAGAAGUACGCCCGAAUGCGGGAGCACUACGACAGGCUCCUGCUGAAGGCCAAGAAGGACCUGGAGUCGCUGAGGGAGCAGGUGGCCCAGGGGCAGGCGGAGGCAGCGGACUCCAGGAGGAAGCUCGACGACAAGGCCAGGGAGCUGGACGAGGCCCGGGAGCAGCUGCAGGCGGAGAGGCUGAGCAGCAGGAGGAGCGCGGAGGAGGAGAGGAGGGCCUCCGCCGAGAGGAGCGAGAGGCUGAGGGCGGAGCUGGACAACAUGGACGCCCGGCUGGCGGAGGAGCGCAAGAGGUCAGCUGACCUCCUUCUCCAGGUUAACCAUCUGCAAAAAUCUCUGCUGAAUCAACACGAAGGACAGAGUAGGGUUGCGGCGCUGGAACAGCAGGUGCAGAUGUCAGCAAAAGGCUUUGAGAACGAGAAACUUGAUCGUCAAAGUUUGCAGUACCAGCUGCACAAAGUCCUGAAAGAGCUUCGUAAAGCAAGGGAGCAAAUAGCCAAACUCGAGUCGACUAAACAGCAGAAGGAAUCUCGUUUUUCCGAACCGACCUCUUGCAGCCGACUGGAGUUCGAGAAGCUAUCGAUUGAGAAUCCGCAUCUGAAUCACACGUCCCCUUCAAAAAUCCCGAAUCUUCUGGACGAGAGCUUCUUGGAGUGUCCGGAAUGCAGAACCAAGUAUCCCACCAGUCAGCACCGGGAAUUACUGGCUCAUAUUGACUACUGUCUCAGCCUGUCUCAUUAAAACAAGGGAGCCCCUUCUUUUUAUUUUGCCUUUACUUUUGCGCAUAUGGUGUUUUUAUUGAGAUUUUUUUAAUAUAAUGCAGAAAAAAGUGGAAGUCUACUGGUUUACUUGUCUCCUUAAAGCUUUUAUUGUUAUUCAGUUUUUUCUAAUUAUUUUCAUAUCUGUAUAAUGACCUGUGUAUUUUAAGUUUCAGAACGUUGGGCAAUUAUAUCUCCAGUGAAAUGUACUUUUGUUUAUUUCCUACGUGGCACAGUAAAGUUUUUAGGAAUGAUGUCAUUUUUAUAUAUGAUAAAUACUUUUUUAACUUAUGGUUUGAUCUUUAUUUAAAAUAUUUUUUUCCUCACUUCUGAACUUAUAAUAUUAAUCUCUUCUCUGUGGGUAUAAAAGUAGAGUAAAUGUAUACUCUGUAUUCUUUAAAAUGGACUUCUUGAAUUAGAUUGCAUAAUGAAGUCCUGGUAUUAUACUAUUUAAGGCGGUGCAUUAAGGUGGCUGUCCUAGGCAGGGUGGCAGAUGCCAAGUUUCCUUGGUUCAGGAAAGCUUUUCAGCAGAAUACGACUGAUGGGUUUAACUAAGCUUGAAAUUAAUUGUGUGUUUAAAAUGAGUCCCACAUUGUCUUUGAAAGCUUGCCCAAAGGUAUGGUUUUAAAGGCUGAUAGCACAAUCUAGUCCAGAGAUUAAUGCCAAAUGUAUUUUUAGGAAAGCAAUGUUUACGGACCACUUAAGUUUUCUAGAUGGGGGGGGGGGGGGGGGUCCCCCUUCCCCUUCCCCUUCCCCUGAAAACCAAGAUUUAUCAGGGAGUAGAACCAAGUGUCACCUUCUUUGUUAUGGACUUCAAAUUGUAGUGGACAUUAUUUGUUUUCAUUUUGGUAAAAUAUUUGAAUGUUUGUUGUGAGUGAAGGAAUUUGUAUCUGUUCUGCAAUGUCCUAUACACUGUGUGAAGAACUGUAACGAGUAAUAAAAUGGAGCAAAUUUA